AAAUAUCUGCAAAUAAAAUGGAUAAGGUGCAUUCAAUCAGAGGUUCACAAACACUUCCAUUCCACCCCUUCUCAUAGUUACACUCACUAGUUAUCACAGGUUAGUCUCCCAACAAACUGGAGCGAAAAUUCAAAGAAUGAUUCAUCUAAAAGAUAUUCACUCCUCUUUGACACUAAAGCAACAUGCUUUUUUAAACAGAAAUAGCCACUUCCAAAGGAAAAAACACCCCAUUCUCUGCCUCUGCAAACGGAAUGAUUCAGAUUCAGACGCUCCUCCACCUCCGCCUCAAGGAGACAGCCGUCAGCAGGAACUGCUUGCGAGGAUUGCCCAGCUUCAAACUCAGAAAGUUCGUCUUACCGACUACUUAGACGAAAGAUCUGCUUAUCUGUCCCAGUUUGCUGAAGAUGCCAAUGCUGAGAUUGACCAGAUUGGUGAAAAUGCCCUCAAAGAGCUUGAUGAAGCUGGUUCAAGGAUAAUGGAAAAUAUAGAGAGCCGGAUGCAAGCCUUCGAAGAAUCAACAGAGUUAAACAAACAGGAGAUCGAGGAGAACGAGAAGAAGUUGGCGGACUUUGAGGGCCAAAUGGAGGAAGAGAGAAAUGAAGGGCUUUUCUUCAAGAACUUAGGGCAAAAACAAUCAGUGGAUAAAGCAAAAGCUAAGGAGGAAACGGAUAAGAUUAAGCAACUCAGUAAAGAAAAUGCCGAGUCAAAGACUAGAAGGAAUAUCUACCUUGCACUUAUCGGUCUUGUAGUAGUUGGGAUUACGAAUGCAUUAAUCUCUUCACCUUCUGACUGGACAAAGAGUGCAGUUCUUGGAGCGAUCUUGGUGGGUUUGCUUUCUCAAGUCAUCUACGAGCAGAGUGUGUUAUCAGAAACAGAAACAAAGCAAAAGCAGACAUCUGAAGAAGAGAAAAAGUGAAAUCCUCCACUGAUUGUACAGGAGCAAAAUUUUAGCUAUUAAUGUAGCAUGAGUUAUAACCUCGAAAUAAAAUGUUAUUAUUAGAGGCUGAUAUAUCAUGCCAACUUUUCUCUUGCAUCAGCAUAUCCAAGUUUCAUGGCAACUGUAACCACCAAAGUUGGAUUCGUGUAAGAUGCUUUAUAUUGAUCAACAAAAUAAGACAUGUCAACUUUUACUUUCUAAA